AUGGAACCCAAGCUCCCGUUGCUCGUCCUGUUCCUAGCAUUUGCAGCCUGUUCUGCCAGUCAUCACCGAGACCCCUCUGUUGUUGGAUACUCCCAGGAAGAUCUUGCAUUGCCCAGCAGACUUGUUAACCUCUUCAAAUCCUGGUCGGUGAAGCACAGCAAGAUCUACGCCAGCCCGAAGGAGAAGGUGAAGAGGUAUGGGAUAUUCAAGCAGAACCUGAUGCACAUUGCAGAAACAAACAGAAAGAACGGGAGCUACUGGCUGGGCUUGAACCAGUUCGCCGACAUCGCUCACGAAGAGUUCAAGGCCAAUUAUCUGGGAUUGAAGCAAGGAUUGUCAAGAAUGGGUGCACAAACACGUACCCCAACAACGUUCAGGUACGCGGCCACACCCAACCUGCCCUGGUCAGUCGACUGGAGGUACAAGGGAGCCGUGACGCCGGUCAAGAACCAAGGAAAAUGCGGGAGCUGCUGGGCCUUCUCGUCAGUGGCAGCAGUUGAAGGGAUCAACCAGAUUGUGACGGGCAAGCUGGUAUCGCUCUCGGAGCAGGAGCUGAUGGACUGCGAUACCACGUUGGAUCACGGCUGCGAAGGGGGUCUCAUGGACUUCGCGUUCGCUUACAUAAUGGGGAGCCAGGGGAUCCACGCCGAGGACGAGUACCCGUACCUCAUGGAAGAAGGCUACUGCAAAGAAAAACAGCCCCAGGCUAACGUCGUCACUAUAACUGGAUACGAGGAUGUCCCGGAGAACAGUGAGAUAAGCCUGCUGAAAGCGUUGGCUCAUCAGCCUGUCAGUGUUGGCAUAGCUGCAGGGAGCAGGGACUUCCAGUUCUACAAAGGGGGGGUGUUCGACGGCGCCUGCAGCGAUGAGCUUGACCAUGCACUGACGGCCGUCGGAUAUGGCUCGUCGUACGGGCAGAACUACAUCACGAUGAAGAACUCGUGGGGCAUUAACUGGGGAGAACAAGGGUACGUCAGGAUAAAGAUGGGCACUGGGAAGCCGGAGGGUGUUUGCGGCAUCUAUACGAUGGCUUCCUACCCCGUGAAAAAUAAAGCAAAUUCGCCUGAGGGAAUUCGUAGUCGUCCACUUCACGAGUUCACAGAAUCACAGUCCAGACUCCAUCGUCCAGUUGGUCUUGGUCGUGCUGAGCUGCUGACGCUUCGCCCGGGUUCGCAGCCAGGCAUCGGUCGCCGGCGACCUGUACCCCGCCGAGAAGAUGCAUCUGAGCGCGAACGAGGGGAUCGAGGGCGUGCGGUUCGCGGUGACGGGCGGGCAGGGCUUCGUCGGAGCCGCCCUCUGCCUCGAGCUGCUCCGCCGCGGUGCCCGCGAGGUCCGGUCCUCGACCUCCGCGCAUCCUCCUCCUGGUCCCAGCAGCUCCUCGACGCCGGCGUCCGCAUCAUCCAAGGGGACAUUAGAAAGAAGGAUGAUGUGGGGAGGGCUUUCCGUGGAGUGGACUGUGUUUUCCACCUUGCUUCUUAUGGCAUGUCAGGGAAGGAAAUGGUGCAGACUGGGAGAACUGAUGAGGUUAAUAUAAAUGGGACCUGCAAUGUACUGGACGCUUGCCAUGAACAAGGUGUUAGGAGACUUGUGUAUGUAAGCACUUACAAUGUGGUAUUUGGAGGAAAGCCGAUUGCCAAUGGAAAUGAGGCGUUGCCUUAUUUUCCAAUUGAAGACCAUGUUGAUGCUUAUGGGCGCAGCAAAUCAGUUGCUGAACAGUUGGUACUGAAGAGUAAUGGGCGGCCAGCUAAGAGUGAUAAAAUUACUCGUCUUUAUACAUGUGCAAUUCGCCCUGCUGCUAUAUAUGGACCAGGUGAAGAGCGUCAUCUUCCAAGAAUCCUGUCCCUUGCAAAGUUGGGAUUAACAUUCUUUAAGAUUGGGGGCCCAGAUGUCAAGACAGAUUGGGUGUAUAUAGAUAAUCUAGUUCUUGCUCUGAUAUUGGCAAGCAUGGGACUUUUAGAUGACAUUCCUGACAGGAAAGGAACCCCUGUAGCAGCUGGUCAGGCCUAUUUCAUCUGUGAUGGAUCACCAUGCAAUACUUUUGACUUUAUCAUCAAGCCCUUAUUUCAAAGUUUGGAUUAUUCCGUUCCUCAAGUGACGCUGGAUACCUCUGUUGCCCUUGCCAUUUCAAAAAUAUUUUUAUUCAUAUCUACAUUGUUCUACCCAUGGCUUGAUAGUAAAUGGAUGCCUCAGCCUCUAAUUCUUCCUGCUGAAGUGUAUAAGGUUGGUGUUACACACUACUUUUCGUUCUUGAAAGCUAGAGAGGAACUCGGCUAUGUACCUAUGGUGAGGCCUCACGAAGGCUUAGCUGCAACAAUCUCAUAUUGGCAGGAGCGGAAGAGAAGGGAACUGGAUGGCCCGACCAUAUUUACUUGGUUGGCUGUAACAAUUGGAAUGCUGGCUGUGUUUUCUGCUGCUUGUCUUCCACCAGUCGGCCCAUUGAAAUGGGUGCUUGACAUCCAUCUGUUUGUUUUUCGCUCGAUGCUUGUGAUCCGGCUGGUCUUGAUGAUAGCAAUUGCAUUGCAUUUUGGCGAAGCCGUGUAUGCCUGGUUCUUGGCGAAAAAGGUUGAUCCAAGGAAUGCCACUGGGUGGUUUUGGCAAACCUUUGCUCUAGGGUUCUUUUCUCUCCGGUAUCUUCUCAAGAGAGCCAGAGGGUGA